AUGUAUUGUGUCAGAGGGAAUGACUUCUACAUGUUUGAGCCGGUGCAGUUACUUGGCGGCAGGUUGUGUAUUCCAUACCAGUUUUUCACUCGCCAGGAUGUCAUGCACGUCAAAGCAUGGCCCAUCAUCCUCGGACAUGACAACCUUAGACAAUACAGUUGGAUCAUUGACAAGGGAUCUCCAUUUACCUGUCCUGUGAAGGAUCUUGCCAUGACAAUCAUCAGCCUCCUACAUGGUGGUCAUCUUGAUAAUUGGGAACAUGACACUCCUUUGUUGCUGCUAAGUCCUUGGACCAAACCUCUGGUCAAUCCGUGGUGCACCAAGGCCAAAGGGAAGUGGGUCUUAUCAUCUGCAUACUGGCUAUACUGUGACAACACCUCUGGCAACCAUUCAAAGAAGUGGAACGAGCACAACAGCUUCAUGACACCUGCUGGUAUUCCAAGGGAGCAUGCUCAAAUUGAUUCCAACCAUCCAUUUCCUAUAGAAACACAAGAAUCAGGAUUCUGGGCCUAUGAUUGUCAUGAGCAUGAUAUGGUCCUUGUCAUCAUCUGGGUUCUUGCCAUGCUUGGAGAUAACCCCAUGCAGAGUGAAUUUGCUUGCCAUGCUGGACUUGAAGCCAAAUUCUUCUGUCGCAUGUGCUGGGUGAAGGGGAAGGAUGGGCACCAGGAGUCACUGAGUGCCAUGGUAGGGGGACAGAGACAACCAGCAGAGACUCAAAAGCUCUCAGAAGAUGUCCUCUUCAAAAUCAGCACUAUGCAAAGGCAAUCAGAUACCACUGAGCUUCACACUAACUCCGGGAUCAAGGAUCGAUUCUUGCAGUUUUUCUUGGACAAAGUAGCCAAGAUGAAGAAGCUGAGCCCUUUUUGUGAUGAUGAGGAAUUGAUCAGGGAGGCCUUCAAAACAGUUCCUCUCAUACCAUUCAGUCCAAUCUGGCACCUCAAAGGUUUGAACCCUCAUGCACACACCCCUGUGGAGAUUCUCCAUGUCAUCCUUCUUGGCAUAGUCAAGUACUUCUGGAGAGAUGCAGUAGAUCGGCUCAAGGAGAAGGAACUGGAGAUCCUUAUAAUCCGACUCAACAGCCUUGAUGUCUCAGGUAUUGACCCUUUGGUCAGUGCCUUGGCAGUGGCAGUCUUUGUCCUCUAUGAUCUCCUCCCCCCAAAUAUCAUCAAGGCUUGGGCUGCCUUGGGUGCACUGGUACCAUUGGUUCAAUUGGAGGCUGCAAUCGACCACUUCAUGAAGUGCACAAUGGAAUGGACAUCAUGUUGGUUCAACAAGUCCAAAAACCAUUUCCUCAAGCACCUGCAGGAACAUAUUUGGCAAUUUGGGCCAGCUGUCCUUUUUGCAACCUUCAAUGCUGUUAUCCGUGUAUGCUUGCUUAGCACGUGUUUGCCACCUCAUCAGUGGGGGAUUCUAUUGUUCAAAUCCACAAGAGCAGGGGGUAUUCAACAGGAGGACCAAUGGAAUACAGCUGGGCCCAAUCCCUUUGAACUGGUCUCUCAGCCAUCUAUCAUCACUCAACGCCUAGAAUUACAAAAUGCAGAACCUGACAGGACAGGCUUUGUCUUUGGCAUUGAGAAGAAGGCUCAUCCCUGGAGUUCAACAAUGAGCUCUGGAAAUGCAUCAAUAAAUAACCUUCCUGCAAUGGUCUACCUAGGCAAAGAUGUCAUCAUUGCUAACAGUGACAAGGUUGGUGUUGAAGACUUUGCAAUCUGUCAAGAUUCCAUGGCAAAGAACUGGGUUGUCCAGCUGCAGGAAAUCCUAGUACUUCAAGAUUCAAGAUCUCAUGCAAUGGGUGUUCUGGUGGAGCUCUAUCAAGCCGGGGACUUUGUUGAGCCAUACUGUAUGCCACACCUCAAAUGGACAAGAACUUCUGUAUUUAUUCAUCCUUCAAAAGUUUGUUGCUCGGUCAAUGUGCAGCACAUAUUCCUAGAAGCAGGGAGUGAUGUAACAGCCACCUGUCACACUGUCACAACCCCCAGUCAUGCACUUCAGUCGUGCACCCUUCCUACACCUCCUGGCUUAGUAGCCCCUAUGACAAUGCACACUCCUAACAACAACAGCAUGGCCUUUGAUAUCUCCGGUGACUUCAAUGUUCAUACUCCACCUGUUGCCAGUCAUGGCAAAGGCUUGAUUGCGGCUUCAAACAAAUGUCCUCAGAUGGACUUGGAAGUGGGAUGUGGGCACCAUGACGAGAGGGUUCAGUCACAAGGCACCGGCGUACCUGGAGUCAGGCAUGCUCAGGUCCUGGGCACGAAGCUGGGACUCAACGCAGACAACAUGGUGAUGUUGUCUUCAUGGGAGGUGCAUGCAUCAAAGGAAGGCCUCCCACAUGCAGAUUACAUGUUGCAUCUCAUCACCUACGCCACUGCCCUCCACACCAACAAGCACCAUGAACGUGUCAGUGCAAUGGAGAAGAAGAUUGUCAAUCUUCUGAACAAGGGCCCAAGGAGCUGUCCAAAGGCAACAGUGGAUGCAAUUCAGAGCUGCAGCAUUUCCAUUGCAGGAGAUAGCCAAAGCCAGCUGCAACAAGUUCAGUCUCGAUCCAGCAUGAUUGACUGUCAGCUUCAAGAAGGUGCUUGCAAAGGCAGCGCAGAAAUCUUCGAACAAUGGCCGUGGUUUUGUACACAAAAUGUCCACUAUGAGUCCUGCACCAUUGUGGUUGAGCUCAGUGACCUCGCAGACAUCCAAGAGAGGCAAGAAGAACGAGAAAACAGUGACAAAGGCCACAUUGCCUUCCUCCUCAAAGAGGACAAGAUGAUGUACCCUGAUCCAACAGCCCCAACCUGCUUGUUGCCAUGGCUGCAGCGGCUGAGUCAUGGACAACCCAUUGCUGGUUCUAGUACCGGGCCCGGUACCAUGAAUGCGGCAGCCUUCAAUGGACUUUGGGACCUUACACCUCCACAUCAUAUGGUGUAA